UGAUUAGAACACAUCAGGUGCCCUUCUUGUUUGUUCUGGACUUCUGUCUAAGCGCCGUUUAUCGGCCCUUUUUAUAUACUACCAGAGGUGGCGAUGACCCGCAUCUAUCAGUAACAAGUCGAUCACAUGAGCCGUCGGCUGGAUAUUACGCCACUUACCUGGGUUCAAUGUAGAGGUAAGAGUGUGACUGGACUAGAGAUGGCUCUGCUAAUGGAGCACCAGUUCAGACAGCUGCCAGCUGACAGACAGGUGGAAACAAGACCGUUUCUGGAGGCUGUGUCAUACCUUCCACCGUUUUUUGACUGCCUUGGCUCUACUAUUUUUGCACCAAUAAAAGCAGAUAUAUCUGGUAACAUCACAAAAAUCAAGGCGGUUUUCGAUACCAACCCAGGGCGGUUCAAGACACUCCAGCAGAUUGUGGAGGCAGAGAAGGAAAUGCAUGGAGCAGAAUGGCCCAAAGCUGGAGCGACGCUGGCACUUAUGUGGCUAAAAAGGGGUCUACGAUUUAUUCAAGUGUUCCUACAGAGCCUAGUGGAUGGUGAAAAGGAUGAUAGCAACCCAAACCUCAUUCGAGUCAAUGUCACCAAGGCCUAUGAAAUAGCCCUGAAAAGAUAUCAUGGCUGGUUCGUGCAACAGCUCUUCAAGGCAGCUCUUUUCGCUGCUCCAUAUAAGACGGAUUUCUUGAAGGCCCUCUCCAAGGGUCGGGACAUCAAGGAAGAGGAAUGCUUGGAAAAAAUCAGAAAAUUUCUCAUCAACUUCACUCCCACUGUUGAUGCUAUUUAUGAGAUGUACAAUAAGCUGAAUGCUGAUCUUGAUUAUACAGUGUGACUGCAGGAAGUUCCUCUUUCCUCCAGUGAUCCACUUACAAAGUACAAAUUCAUUUACAUUCUGCAGUCUACAUUUUGACAUUGUUCCCUUCAGGUCAUCUGACAGCUCACUGUGGGAGUGUAUUUAUAGUCUGUCGAUACACAUCAAAUAUUUGUGUCACCCGUGUACCAGGCUUUCUCGUUACGCCUUUUCCUCACUGUUGUUUGACUCUGAGGUAAGUUUCCCAAAGCAGCUGCAAAUUUGCACGCAGUAUUUCUUUGUUCUCUAUUUAAAGAGUCACGUUUCUUUACAGGAAAAACUAUGAUAUUGAUAUUAGUACCUAUUUUUAUGUAUGUGAUCAUAAGAUAAUUAUACCAAGAAUCAAAAUGCUACUCAACAUAUGGUUUGGAACCAGGACGGUUCCAAAACUUAAAAAGCUUAAAAAGCCUUAAGUAAGUGAGUAAGGUGUCAAAUGUUGACAGAUUUAAUGAGCCACAUCACUAUCAACACUGAUUAAAAUACCAAAAUGUAAUCUUUGCUGUAAUCAUUUGUACCUUUUUUAUAGUGAUUUUAAAUUUAUGUUAUUGUUAUAUAUCCCAACAUAAGAUAAGGGCUGCAUUUACUUUUAAUUAUACAAAAAAUGUGAUAAGGCUAUGUCUUAGUAGUAUAGUUUGAAGUAAAAUUAUAACCCAAUUUUCCUUCUAAGUUAUUAAAAUUAAACUCUAUUUAAUUAAUUAAACUAAGUAAUUUAUUAAAGGUUAUAAAAAAAAACAUAGAAAACACAUGAAUAGAAUAUUUUACCGCCGUCAUAUUUCAAAAGCUCCCAGAAUACAAGAAGUCAUGCAUACAUCCAAUUGAUAACUCCUCUGUUUCACCCACCCCCCAGGUUAAGAGUCUGGGUGUCAUCCUUGACAGCACACUAUCCUUUCAACCCCACAUCAAUAACAUUACCCGCUCUGCCUACUUCCACCUACGAAACAUUAAUCGCCUCCACCCCUCCAUUACCCUCCACCCUGCCACCAUCCUUGUCCACAGUCUCGUCACUUCCCGUCUGGAUUACUGAACUCUCUCCGCUUCGGCCUCCCUCACAAAUCCCUCCAUAAACUUCAGCUGGUCCAGAAUUCAGCUGCCCACAUCAUAACUCGAACCCCCUCCAUCCACCACAUCACUCCUGUCCUCCAACAGCUCCACUGGCUCCCGGUCCAGUUCUGUAUCUAAUUCAAAGUCCUCCUGUUUACAUUCAAUGCUAUCCACAACCUCGCCCCCCCCCCAUAUUUGUCUGAUCUCCUCCAUUGUCCCACUCCCUCCCGCUCCCUCAGAUCCUCUUCUCCACACACCUGUCUGUCCCCUCUGCCCGUCUCACCACCAUGUGGAGCAGAGCAUUCAGCCGCUCUGCUCCCCGUCUCUGGAAUUCAUUACCAUCCCAACUUAGAAACAUCGAUUCAUUCCCCCAUUUCAAAUUGCAGCUCAAAACUCAUCUGUUUAAAACUGCCUUUUCCACUUGAUGUCAAUUGCUCUGCCUCUUUCUGUUUUUAUUGUUGUUGUAUUCUUUAUUUUUUUUGCUGCUUUUAAUGUCUUCUGUAUCCCUGUACGAUGUCCUUGAGUGCCGAGAAAGGUGCCUUUUAAAUAAAAUUUAUUAUUAUUAUUCUACACGGUUGUAAAUGGCUUCUAAUAUUGCACACCUGUUUUAGGAGCUACGGAGAAUUUCAGUAACCAAGUCAGCUUCAUGCAUUCAGUCUUUUUUAUACAUGUCACUUUGUAUAAACAAGUGGGCUAAUUAAAAACUACGUUUAAAUACCUCUUUUAUACUUCCAUGCUAUGCAGGACUUGAAUAUGAGUAUGAGUAUCUUAACUAAUGUUCCACUCUGCUCUCAGGUGUUUACAUACAACUGAAUGUGUAUCUUCUUUAAACCUCUUUGUAUCAAGUGUUUCAUUAUGACUUUUUGCCUUUUACACGGUUGUUAGAUAAAAUUUCAGAUGCUUGACGAAGCUAGAUUAAAUGUCAAUAGUGAUGCUUUGUCAGCAUCCCACCUUUUAAAUAAAGGUUAUUUUGGUGGCCUUUGGCUAGUCAGUACUGUUUUGAGUGUGCUAAAAUGCUUGUCUGAUGUGUCUCUUGUCGUUGAAAUAAUGUUGCAGUGGGUGUAUAGUGUAAAAUAACAAAUCUUGUAUUUUCAAUU